AGCAUUGCAAUGCAUCAGUUAUAUCUCCACUUACCCGAACAACAUGUUCUCUAAAAUCGUAGCCUUGAGCGCUGUGCUGGCAGUGAGUGCUGCAGGCCUCCUGCCCGAGCCGCACUACUCUUCGGCAGCAGCUGUCUCCUCUCAGAGCAUCGUCCGUCACGACCAGCCACAGCUCCAUGCCACCAAAUAUGUAGCCGCCGCUCCAGUAGCCGUCCACGCUGCUCCUGUGGCAUACCACGCAGCCCCUGUCGCCUACCACUCCGCCCCCGCUCACUACUCGUCUGCUGGCGCCGUGUCCUCCCAGACCAUCCUGCGUCACGACCAGCCUCACGCCACCAACUACAUCGCCGCCGCUGCUCCCGUCCACUACGCCGCCGCUGGCCCCGUCCACUACGCCGCUCCUGUUGCUAAAGUGAUUGCUCCCGCCCACAAAGUGCUUGUAUCUGCUCACCAUGAAGAGGAAUACGCUCAUCCCAAAUACGACUUCGCCUACUCUGUUGCUGACGGACACAGCGGCGACAACAAGUCCCAGCACGAGUCCCGCGACGGCGACGCUGUGCACGGCGAGUACACUCUGGUUGAAGCUGACGGUUCAGUGCGCAAGGUUGAGUACACCGCUGAUGACCACCACGGCUUCAACGCUGUCGUCAGCAACACCGCCCCCGCUCACCACGUAGCCCAUGCUGCCCACGCACCUGUCCUCUUGGCUCAUCAUAACAUGUUCUCUAAAAUCGUAGCCUUGACCGCUGUGCUGGCAGUGAGUUCUGCAGGUCUCCUGCCCGAGCCGCACUAUUCUUCGGCAGCAGCUGUCUCCUCUCAGAGCAUCGUGCGUCACGACCAGCCACAGCUCCAUGCCACCAAAUAUGUAGCCGCCGCUCCAGUAGCCGUCCACGCCGCUCCUGUAGCAUACCACGCAGCUCCUGUCGCCUACCACUCCGCCCCCGCUCACUACUCGUCUGCUGGCGCCGUCUCCUCCCAGACCAUCCUGCGUCACGACCAGCCUCACGCCACCAACUACAUCGCCGCCGCUGCUCCCGUCCACUACGCUAGCCCCGUCCACUAUGCCGCUCCUGUCGCUAAAGUGAUCACUCCCGCCCACAAAGUGCUUUUAUCUGCUCAUCAUGAAGAGGAAUACGCUCACCCCAAAUACGACUUCACCUACUCUGUUGCUGACGGACACAGCGGCGACAACAAGUCCCAGCACGAGUCCCGCGACGGUGACGCUGUGCACGGGGAGUACACUCUGCUUGAAGCUGACGGUUCAGUGCGCAAAGUUGAGUACACCGCUGACGACCAUCACGGCUUCAACGCUGUCGUCAGCAACACCGCCCCCGCUCACCACGUAGCUCAUGCUGCCCACGCACCUGUCCUCUUGGCUCAUCAUUGAUUCACUAGUCACUAAAAUUAAAGACUACUACGUUCUUAGUAAAUUAUUUAUGAAUUAAAAUAUU